AUGGAUUUAUCAUCUUCACGAAUUUUAACAGCAUCAUCAAUUGCAAAUACAUCAUCAGGUGCUAUUAUAAUACCGGCUGUAAAAAAUUCUUCAUCAUUAAAUAAAAAUUCUUUAAAUCCAAUACGUAUUGGUGAUGCAGCUUUUCAAAAAAUGCGUACAAUAACAACAACACCACCUAUAACAUCAUCAAUACAUGAUUCAUCUGAUCAACAACCAGCUGUUUUUAUUAUGAAUAAUAUGAAAACUGAACCUCAACAACCACAACGAACAAUAACUGUUAAUCGUCUUUUGUUUUCAAAUAAUAAUAAUAACACUAAUAAUAUAAAUACGACGAAUACACCUACAUCAACAACAAUUGUCAAUGGACAAAAUGCAAUUAAUUUAGCAACACUUGUUAAUAGUUUAAAUACAUUAAAUCAAAUGGCAUUAUUACAAUCAACAAAUAAUUCAACACCAACACAAAAUAGCAUUGCUAAACUUCUUGAAACACCAAUUUUAUCAACAACAAAUGUUAUUCAACGUCCACAAGCAACACUUGUACCAGCUGUUACACAUCAUGUUUCAUCAUCAGCAAAUAAAGAAAAUGAAAAUACUCCUCCUUCACAAACACGAAUUUCAACCGUUCGUUCAACACCUGGUUUACCAACUUCAGUUCAAUCUCCAUCUGCAACAGGUCCAAUACAAAAUGAAGCUUUUUUUGCUAAAACAAAAGUUUUAGUUGAACUUUUAACAUCACCAAGUACUCAACCACCAUCAAACUUUGGUUCAUCAUUAAUCGAACCACAAACUCAAACACCAUAUUCAGAUGCAACACGUACACGAUCAAAAAAACGUAUUAAUCGUGUUAAACGACCUAUGAAUGCAUUUAUGGUAUUUUCACAAUUAGAACGUCGAAAAAUAGUUCAAUUAGCACCCGAUAUGCAUAAUGCUGAAAUAUCAAAAUAUUUAGGUGCACGUUGGAAACGUUUAUCAGAAAUUGAACGACGUCCAUUUAUUGAUGAAGCUGAACGAUUAAAAAUGUUACAUUUACGUGAAUAUCCUGAUUAUAAAUAUAAACCACGUAAGCGUGCUAAAAAAGGUUCAUCACCACCAACAAAUUCAUCCAUUCCACAUAUGUCAUCACCUAUGGAUACAACUGAUGCAUCAUCAGAUGAUUGUACAUCAAAAACAUCAAUUUUACCUGGAAUGAAUCGUUUAGAAGAAAAUCUUUCAACAUCAAUGGAAAAUGAUUUUGAUGAUAAUUCUUCUUCAGCAUUACUUUCAAAUACACUUGCGUCAUUAAUAGAUCCAAAAUUAGGUCUAUUUCCAAAUACAAAUUUUGAUGAUCCAUCACUUUUUUCAUCAUCAUUACCAAUAAAUACAGGAUGUGGAGGAGGAGCAUCAUCAUCAUCAUCAUCACAACAAAUCGAUCCACUCUUACUUGAUGCACUUGCUUCGGCUGAUCCUCAAACUCAAGAAGCGUUUUUUAAUCAAUUACAAAUGCUUGGUGAUUUUAAACUAUGGGCUGAUCUGGAUUUAUCAAAUAGUGAUCCAACUUUAUAA